AUGUCGUCACAAUCUGCACUUCCCAACUCCAUUUCCCUCGCCGGCAAGACCGCCAUUGUGACCGGUGGCUCGCGUGGAAUCGGCGCCGGAAUUGCUUUAGAAUUAGCUUCACGGGGUGCGAACGUGGCUUUGGUGUACCAUUCUGAGUCCAGUACCGCCAAAGCGGAAAAGGUGGCCGCGCAGAUUGCCGAGCUGGGGCGCAAGGCGGCUCUCAUCCGGGUCGAUCUGAGCUCCCUGGAGUGUGGCCAGCAAGUGAUUCACCAGACCCUUGCUCAGCUCAAAGUGCCUCACAUUGAUAUCCUGGUGAACAAUGCGGCGGCCGAUCCUCCGUUCCGCCCCCUGUUGGAGACCGACUUUGGCGAAUUCGAGCGCUCUUCGAUUCUGACUCGCAUGGGGGGCUCGAACCUGUCAAUUUACACGGCCACCAAGUCCGCCCUAGAGGGAUUGACCCGACACUGGGCGCAUGAAUUGGCCAAGACCUACAAGUUGACAGUCAACACCAUUGCUCUAGGAGAAAUUGCGGUGGACAGCACCCCGCAGGAGGUCACUGAUGAGUUUCGUGAUGCCCAACUGGAUCUUCCGAGCGCGGCGCGGCGCUUUGGCACCAUUGAGGAGGUCGCGCAAGUUGCGGCCUUUCUGGCCAGUGCAGGCUCAAGCUGGAUCAACGGUGGCUCUAUUCCGGCCAGUGGUGGCAGCUACUAUUGGUGA